AGUGAAGCCCGAAUUCACUUCGCAAGGCGAACCAAAUCCCGGUCAUUCUAUUGCCUUCUCCCACCGCCUCUCCCUCAGGGGCUAUUCCGCUAGGCAUUCUCGGAUUGAAACAACAAUAACCCUUACGCUCGCCUGUCCCCUGACACAUAUCCUUACAUACGAUGCCACGUAACGAUAUAUCUAUGGGACCUGCUAGUCUAGAGAGACGGAGUGAUCGCGCGAUCAAAACCAUCGGCCACGGUCAGGACCGGGCGGCGAAUCGAACGGUCGACGACAAGCAGGCCCGCACGCUUUCGCAAAGCAGGCCCUUACAAAUCUCGAGUUUAUGCUGGGAAGUUACACCAAGCUAUUCCUUUUCAUUUAUGGCAUGUUUGCCUAGGUGAAUGCCUUCAAACUGCCUUGGUAGCGCCUUGUUCGACCUCCGUGGCCUAUUUGAGUCUCAUUAUCGGCGAAACUGGUCCUCCGAUAGUGAUGAUAAUGCGACCCGGUUCUCUAGUGUUUGGGCUGAUCGGGAGAUCAAUAAUGUGAACGGUGGCGUUGAUGAGCAGGAUACGCCAAAUGGAGUGGCAGGUCUUUCACAAGAUGGCGGACGCGGCGAGACGCAUCCUCAAGAUCCGACUGGGGGAGACGGCGCUCCAACAACCUAUCACGAGUUUAGUAUACCGAGCUCUAACGGGGCGGUACUGUAUGUGUACGGUACACCUAGUCAAGAAUCCCACGAUCCAGAGGUCGAUGAGGAAACGGAACCUGAAGAAAAUGCUCCAACCACAAAUGGCGAUGAAGGAGUAUAUGAUCAUCAACCUGAAUACGCGAACGAAAACCCCGACAAUCUCAGUACUUCGCACUUCAACCACCAUGCACCACAGACGGCGGAUUCUACAAACCCCGAGCCGCAAAGAUAUGUUGAAGCAAUGAACAUCCAAGACGAAGCAGCUAGGGGCGAAAAUUCCCAUUGGGAGACUGAAGAAGAAAGUGAUGAUGACGCUGCUGAAGAUGAUGGUUCCAUGCGUUUCGAGGACAGUCGAGAUAUCAGUCACAGGAGUGACGGUGCGCCGCUUGGUGACGUGGAUUGAGUGCAGAUCGACGCUCCUUUAAAAUAUCUUCGCACGAACGGCCCAUUUUGGGCAAGUACUGUCUUUCUUUUUCAUGUUCGCCUUUCGAGGUCAUGUCCUAAUCACUUAGCACCAUUGCAUUAUGCAUACUCGAACCAGAUGUUCCAAUCCUGGAUGCAGCAAACCUUGGAACAACGUGAUCAAGUCGAGUGCUGUAGUCAACAGAAUGGUAUUAGUACAGCUUGGCUCCUACGGGAUUGACAUG